AAUAUGAAUAAAAUAAAAUAAAUGAGUAUGAAUAUUUGAAUGGAGAGGAGACUAAGACAGUCACAACUGACAACCAAGUCUUACGAUCCAACGUCUAUUAUUGGUUUAUGUAAUAGAAUAGAGAGGAGAAGACUUAGAAAACAUUGUUAUAUUUCCUGGAAGUUACCUAUGGAUAAGGAGGAGAUGAGUUGAAAGUGAAGCCAAGCACAUAUAUUAUGGAGGAAUGUUUCAAUUGCUACCAUUAUCCUAUAUACCACUUUCCUGUAGUGCAUUUGUCCAUCGCAAGAUUUGUUGUAAGAAUGACAACCCUGUUCCUCCAUUUCUUCCUAUUCUUGAUCGCUACCUGUGUUACUAACAUCAUCCCUGCUGUUCACAGCAAGUGUAUUGAAUCCCAGAAACAAUCAUUGCUCAAUUUCAAGAAAAGUCUUGUAUUUGAUUCUUCUUCUUCUUCCUCCAAGCUCAUAACUUGGAAUUCCAGCACCGAAUGCUGUUCUUGGCUUGGAGUAACUUGCAGCACUGAUGGGAGUGUUGUUGGACUUGACAUCAGCAGCGAGUCCAUCACAUGCAACAUUGACGAUUCCAGCAGCCUAUUCCAACUUCAACAUCUUCAGAGCCUCAAUUUAGCCUAUAACGACUUCAAUGGCUCCUCAAUUCCAUCUGCAAUUGGAAAGCUUGCAAAUUUGAGGUAUCUAAAUCUAACCUAUGCCUUCUAUUCUGGGCAAAUUCCCAUUGAGGUUGCAAGCUUGACAAGGUUAGAGGUUCUUGAUAUCUCUAGAAAUUACCUGAAUGGGGAGCUAAAACUUGAGAACCCGAAUUUAGGCAAGCUAAUUCAGAACCUUACAGAGCUUACAGAGUUGAACCUUGAUUAUUUAAACCUAUCAGCUGAGGGAUCACUGUGGAGCCAAACCAUAUCAUCUUCACUUCCAAAGCUGAGGGUGUUAACCUUGUCCCAUUGUGAUCUUUCAGGCCCUAUUCAUGAAUCAUUUUCCGGACUUCAUUCUCUAUCCAGAUUAUUAUUGGAUUUCAACUACAUCUCUGCUCCAGUUCCCAAAUUCUUUGCCAAUUUUUCAAGUUUGGUUUCCUUGAGUCUCUCUAAUUGUGACUUGCAUGGAGCAUUUCCUGAAGAGAUAUUCCAGGUACCUACACUACAGUCUGUUGACUUAUCAACUAAUUCAGAGCUACAGGGCUCCUUGCCGGAGUUUCUCAAGAAUGGAUCUCUCGAAUCCCUAGUCCUAACGGGGACUAAAUUUUCAGGAGUCUUGCCGGACUCUAUUGGCAACCUUAAAAAGCUGUCCAGAUUAGAUCUGUCAAGUUCCAAUUUCACAGGAGCAGUUCCAAAGUCACUGGGAAACCUAACACAAUUGGAGAUUUUAGUCCUGUCAUCCAACAAAUUUUCUAGUCCAAUCAAUUCUAUUCAAUGGGACAAACUCACCAAGCUUGAGCUUCUUGACUUAUCCAACAAUCUACUCUAUGGGAGCAUUCCGUUGUCUCCCUUUUCCAUUCCCUUGCUGCAGAGGUUAGUACUUUCUGGAAAUAACUUCUCUGGUCAGUUGCUUGAAUUCAAUAAUGUCUCUUCGUACUUGUUGUACGAACUUGAUUUGAGUAGCAACAAUUUAGAAGGAUCAAUACCUGUGUCUAUCUUUAACAUUCCAAAGCUUCAAGAGCUUCGUCUAUCUUCAAACAACUUGACUGGUUUCCCUUUUGAUGGCCUUCAGAACUCAAAAAAUCUUUCAUUUCUGGAUCUAUCCCAUAAUAGCUUGUUGUACAAUCAUAAUGGUACCGACUCAUCACACCCCUCCCUCCUUCAGAUCAACACCUUGAUGUUGGCUUCGAACAAGUUGAAAACAUUCCCAAGUUUCUUGAAAUAUCAAUCAAGUUUAGCCUACUUGGACCUUUCAGACAACCAGAUUCCAGGUCAGAUACCCAAUUGGAUUUGGGGGCUUCCUCUAAAUACUCUAGAUCUCUGUUGCAACAAGUUGGUAAGUCUAGAAGCUCCUUUACUUGGCUCUACCUACAAUGUCUUGAAUAUCGAUCUUCACUUAAACCAACUUCAAGGACAAAUCCCAUUGUUUGUAAGUGGCAAUUAUUUGGAUUACUCAAAAAAUAACUUCAGCUCUAGUAUACCAAUUGACAUUGGUGAUUUCAUUUCUUCCACGGCCUACCUUUCCCUUUCAAGCAAUAACUUGGAGGGGGGAAUUCCAGAAUCAAUAUGCAAUGCAAGUGGUCUAGUUCUUGAUCUCUCCAAUAACUCUUUGAGUGGAAUCAUUCCCAAAUGCUUGACUCAGAUAUCUUCACUCUCUGUCCUUGAUUUGAGGAGAAACAACCUUACUGGAUCUAUCUCCGACACUUUUCUUGAAGGUUGUAAUUUGAAAACUCUAGCACUGAGCAGAAAUCACAUAACAGGUCAGUUUCCAAAAUCUCUAGCCAAUUGUUCAAGCUUAGAGGUUUUAGACCUUGGACUCAAUCAAAUUAUAGGCACCUUUCCCUGCACAUUGAAGAACAUAUCCACCUUGCGUGUACUUAUGUUGCGAUCCAACAACUUUUAUGGACCCAUUGGGUGUCGUGAGACCAAUGGCACCUGGCCGAAGCUUCAAAUCAUAGACUUGGCUCAUAACAGUUUCAAUGGUGAAAUAAAAGGUUCAUCGUUGACAACAUGGCAGGCAAUGAUGGUCAAUGAAGAUGAUUAUCCAAUCGACCUUGGAUUUUCAUAUGCAGCAGGUAGUAGAAGUGGGUUGUUUAUUGAUUAUGGGGAUGCAAUAACAACUACAAGCAAAGGUCAAGAGAUGGACCUUGUAAAGAUUUUAACCAUCUUCACUUCGAUUGACUUCUCUGCUAACAAGUUCAAUGGAACAAUACCCAAGGAAAUAGGCCAACUGAGAUCAUUGUAUGUCCUCAAUCUGUCAAGUAAUGCUUUCACAGGUGAAAUCCCAUCAACCUUUGGUAACAUGAGAGCCAUCGAGUCCUUAGACCUCUCACAAAACCACCUGAGCGGCCAAAUUCCACUACAGCUUGCCAAUCUCACUUUCCUUUCGUACCUGAAUGUCUCAAAUAAUCAACUGUCAGGAAGGAUCCCAACCAGCACUCAGUUUUCGACAUUUUCAAAUACCUCCUUCCAGGGUAACAAGGGAUUAUGGGGGCCUCCUCUCACAGCAGAUACACCAGCCCUAUUGCCAGCACCUACGUUAAAUGAAAGCUCAAGCAAUCCAAAUUCUAAAGAUGAUAUUGGUUGGGAUUUUAUCAGUGCUGAAAUCGGAUUUACAGUUGGGUUUGGAAUCGCCGUCGGGUCACUUCUGUUUUGCAAGAGAUGGAGGGAAUGCUAUUACAGAGCUAUGUGUAGCACCCUGUUCAAGAUAUUCCCUCAGCUGAAACGAAGAUUCGGCAAUAAAACAAGGCAUGUCUACGAAAUUCAGAGGUACGGAAGACGCUGAAAUGGUUAGGCAGACAAGCAUGCAGCUCAACUCCAUGUUUCUGUGGACUCCAUUGGCAUGUUUUCUCUGUAUUUUUAUCACAUUUCACUCAAACUGUAACUCAACUAGAAUCGAAUCAGACUCUCAAAAUAGACAUUAACAUGCAACAAACAGGUGUUUACUCAAAUGAUAUCAGAAGGAAAGAAGAGUACCUUAAUCAAUGAAGAUUUGGUGAAGCAAAUCGAGCUGCGCAUUUACCGGCCAGCCGAACGGCAGGUCCUCAGAUGGUCUCCCCUGCCAUCACCAAAUAUAGCUCCGACUUCGUGUUUUUUCCGGGAAUGGUCUGUCACCAUAGCUUAAUGGGCGGGUCGGGUCGGGUCGGGCGCUCGCCCUUAGAAAAAUAUAUAUGUAGAAUGAACCAGGAACUGGGUUCGUUUCAAUUGUGAGAAAUAUUAAUAACAUUAUUUAAACAGAAAAUGUACCAAACAUGAAAAGUAUGUAUAAUUU